AACAAAGAAACAAACAAAAUUCACUCUCUCUUUCUCUCGCUCCACGCCGUGAAGAGUGUGAAAUAAAUCGCAUAGACGACGAUGUAUCGAUCGGCGGCGAAUCGGCUGCUCCUCGUGAAGUCGGUGGUUCGCAUCACCCAUCCCCAAAUCUCUCACAUUCGAACGUUAAUCCUCCCAAACUCAUCUCGUUUUUCUUCUACUUCCCAAUCUUCUUCUUCUUCUUCUUCUUCUCAGACUUUCUCUGAUCAUAUCCCUAAUUACCCCAAUCAACAAACCCCAAACACUUCAUCAUCAUCAUCAACAAAAGGGUUUGAAGAAGAAGAAGCUAGUCGAUUUGAGAAACAGACCUCGAGAGGCUCACGAGCCCGAGCUCAAUACCAGGACGAGCAAGCUCGCGUACUCAGCGCUUCGCUUCGUCAUGUGCCUAGGAUGGGAUGGACUGAAGCAGCCAUGAUUGCAGGUGCAAGAGAGGCUGGUGUUUCUCCUUCUAUUGUUGGCGCUUUCCCUAGGAAAGAAGCUGCAUUAGUAGAGUUUUUCAUGGAUGAAUGUUUACAAAGGCUUAUUGAUAGAAUUGAUUCGGAAGAAGAGUUAAGGAACUUGAUACCUAGUGAGCGCAUUUCAAAGCUUGUCAGGAUCCGCUUAGAAAUGCAGGCUCCCUACAUAUCUAAAUGGCCUCAAGCACUCAGCAUCCAGGCACAACCACAAAACAUUCCAACAAGUUUUAAGCAGCGAGCCAUGCUGGUUGAUGAGAUCUGGCAUGCUGCUGGUGAUGAGGCCACUGAUGUUGAUUGGUAUGCAAAGCGUACUGUCCUUGGAGCAAUAUACUCAACAACUGAGGUGUACAUGCUAACUGACAGUUCCCCAGAUUUUCGUGAUACAUGGACAUUCUUGGAUGGGCGAGUUAAAGAUGCUUUUGAUCUGAAAAAGACCAUUCAAGAGGCAACGUAUUUGGCAGAAGCUGUUGGUGCUGGGAUGGGAAGCUCUAUGCAAGGAUUCAUGAGGAGAGUUUUCGGGGCUAAAUAUUAAUGGCGGUUCCAUUUAAUAGAGUUACAUUGCGAGCAUUCAUCUCUGGUUGCUUGGUGCUUCCCUGAAUUCAGAACAAUUAUUUCCUUCCCCCCUCCCUCCAUCCCUUUUAUUGUUGUCUUUGAAGUGAUAAUAAAACUGGAAGAGAAGCUGUACAUUGGUAUUAUCCCUGACUGUUUCCAAGUUAACCAUUUGUUCUUAAAGGGGAUGCUAUGUUUAUGUUGAAAAUAAUCUUUUGAUUCUA